AUGGCCUCCUCUGCCACAGUAUCCACGACAACACCCCUCGAUGCCGCUAUCACCACCGCGUCUUCAUCCACACUACGCCAGCUUAUUAGGUUAAUAGGCCGAGAGGCAACUUCUGGUGAAGAAUACCGAGUGAGGACGCUGGGCUCGGCGAGAAGAAACGUGCCACGCUUCGCGUUUUGCGAGACUUGCAAGGCCGAGUUCGAUGUUACGAAAAACACCAAGGAGAGCUGUCGGUACCAUCCAUGUUCAGCUGAGCCCACCGGGGAAGAGCUGUGGGAGGAUAAUCGGGGUGAAUUUGACGUGGAGGCAUUCCGCGACGAAUUGCCUCAUUGCUAUACGUUCAGUUGCUGCGAUGGAAAUCUUGAAACUAACCCCUAUGGGUGCGUUCUCGACUGGCACAAGGAUGUGGUUGAACAGAAUCCAUACAAGAGGCCUAGAAUCAUCUAG